AUGUUUAAAAAAUUAUUUUUUAACGUAUUUGAGUAUAAAGAAAAAUCAUUUAUCUUAUGCAGGAAAAAAAGGAAUAUCCUUUUGAUUAGAAAUGAGAAAAGUAUUUCAUAUUAUAUAAAAAAUAAAAAAAUAAAUAUUGACAAUGAAGAAAUUAUAUAUAGAAAAAAAGGAAAUUACCAGAAUAUCAAUUUGAAUUUGAUCAGUAAUAGAUGUUUUGUAACAGUAAAUAAAUAUAUAGAAUAUAAUAGAAAAUUUGCAUUUCAAGAAGAGAAUAAUGAAAAUAAUAAAAAUGAUACCAGUUUAAAUAAAGGAAACGAAAUAAAUUCAAUAGAAAAAAUACUAGAUGAAACUAACUCGUUGAUAUACAUAAAUGAAAUUUGUUUGAAAAUGGACCAAGCCAUAUUGAAAUGUCAAAAUUAUGAAGAUAUUUUGUCUAUUCUUAUAACUCACAGAGGAGCAUUAUUUCUACAAAAUUUAAUAACAGCUAUUCGUAUGUUAAGUGGGUUUGUAAUUGAAGAAAAAAAAAAAAAAAAAGAAAAAGAAAAAUUAAAUUUAUUAAACGAAUAUACAAAACAUGUAAAAGCGGAAAAACUCGAAAAUUAUGACAUGAAUGAUGAAAAUGAACAAAAUAUAGAUAAUAAAAAUAUUAUAAAUAUAGAAAAUAAAAAUAAAAACUUACAAGAUAAAAAUAUUUACAAUAAUAAUAAUCAAAUAAUAAAUGAUGGUGAUGUAAAAUUUUACGAAGAAAAUAAUGAAACUAUAAUUGAUAAAAUAGAGAAAAAUUUAAUAGAAAAAUACAAAAAUAUUUUUGAUGUAUUAAAUGACAAAAAAUUAUUAGAAAGUGAAAAUAAUUUCCAAAAAAAUAGAAAAAUUGAAGAAAUUAUUGUUCUAGAUGAAAGAUAUAAUUUAUUAAUAGAAGAUAUAUAUAAAAAUAGAAAACAUUUCGAUGUUGUAUCUAUUUGUCAUAUUUUGAUAUCAUUGAAAGAAUUAAAUCAUAAGCAUUUUUUUUUGUUUAAUUCAUUUAUUAAUCCUUUAAAAAAAUUUGAUGUGUAUAUAAAGGAACAGUUUGAAAGUAAUCAGAAAAUUUCAUAUAUUAAUUCUACUAUGCAUUUAUUGCUAGAAUGCUUUAAUGCAUAUAUAUGGGCUGGUUAUUAUAACCUAGAUAUAUAUAAUAAAUUAAUAAGUUCCAUUUUAAUAAAUAACUUUAUCCAUUUAAAUAAAGAUUUAAUAUAUGCACAUUAUGAACAAUUAAAUAAUUAUACUCAUAUGAAUUAUAAUUACAAUAUAAAUUAUCCAAUUUCUAUAGAAGAGUUAUUAAAAUUUUUUAACUUAAAUAAAAAUUUCUUUUACAUAGAUUUUUUAUCAAAAAAUGAUAAUGCAUUUUUUCCCUUAAGUAAGUUAGUACAAUAUGAAAAAAAUGCAAAAAAUAGAGAUUCUCAACUAACAAAUAUAGAAACAAUAGAAAUAAGAGAAGAAUUUACAAAACAAGAAAAUCACAUAAUGGAGAAUGAAGAUGAUCUAAUAAAAAAAAAAAAUAUAUAUAAUUAUAUAAAUGAAAAGAAACCAAAUAUAAAAAGUGAAAUAUUCACUUCUGUUUGCCCUAUUUUUUUAAAUCUUGAAUUAUUUCUUAAAAGUUUAGAAAUAUAUAAAGAUAUUUAUGUAUAUAAUCCUGAGUUUUUUAAAAUAUCUGAAAAAGUUGUUUAUUACUACACCCCUUAUUUAUCUCCAUCUAUUUUAAGCAUGAUAGCUGAGGCAUUUUCUAAACAUAGAAUUUUUACUAUAGAGCAUGACAGAGUUUUUUCUCAUAUUUCUAGAAUAUUAGAAAAAAAUUUCGAAAAAUUUUCAUAUGAAAAUAUUUUUCAUAUUUUAAGGGCGUUUAAAAAAAUGAACUUAUUUUUUGAAAAAUGCAUAAUUUUAAGUGCCAACAAAUUUAGAAAGUAUUUUCAUUAUCUUUACAUAAACAGAAAAGAAUGUAUAUUGGCAUUAAAAGAUAUAUCUAUUUUAAUGGAAUCACUAUCAUUUUUUAAUUUUACUCAUCAAUUUAUCGAUGAAUGUAUCAUAGAAGCAUUAAAUUAUUUAGAAGAUUAUAUUGAUGAUAUUGACGAAGAAACAUCAAUAAAUGUAUCGUAUGCAUUAGUAUUGUCUAAUUUGUUUCAUGUUAAUACAUAUUUUUUUUCAUUUAUAUGGAGAAAAAUAGGAAAAACGACUUAUUGGGAGAAGAGAAAAAAUCAAAUUUUUUUAUUAUGGCUAUCUCAUAUGAUACAAUUUAAGUGGAUGGAUUUUGAUUUACCAAAAUUUUGUGUUUUAGAAAGUUUAAAAGUUUUUUAUUUAAAAAGAAAAGAAAACAUGUAUUCUUUUUCUAAAAUUAUUUCUAAUAUUUCUAAAAUAUUAGAUGAAUUGCAAAUUGAUCAUGAAGUUCAUGUUGAUAUUUAUUGUCCUUACAUAUUAGACAUUUUAAUUAAAAAAAAAAGACAAGUUAUAAUGCUAACUGAAGAUACUACUAGAAAUGAAGUAAAUAGAGAAUUGGGAGAUUUCAAAAUUAUUUCAAAUCAUUUAAAAUUAUAUGGAUAUAAUGUAAAAUGUGUUAACACUAGAUAUUUUGAUACUUUAAACGAUGAAAAUAAAAAAGAAUACAUAAAAAAUAUUUUGAUGUCUUUUUAA